AUGGAUUCGGUAGUUGAGCCGUAUGCCUCCAUCAUGGACGUCGUGUCUCCUGCACGCCCGGCCUCAUCGAGUGGCACAGCUGCUCUAAGCCUCAAGGAACAAAACCAGCGUGUCGACGCGCUUUCAAAGGAGAACUUCGAUCUCAAAUUGAAAAUCACCUUCCUCGAAGACGCGAUACACACCCGCUCUCACGAUGGCGUCGAGGAGCUGGUCCAACAGAACGUCGAGCUGCGGACCGAACUGGCUCACGAGCGUCGAGACGCGCAAGCCAUGCGACGAAAGAUCAAGACCAUCGAACAGAUGAACGAAAAACAAGCCGACAAACUCAGGCUUGCACAACUACAGAACGCGUCACGCGAAGACGAUGACGACCCCGUCCUCCAGGCAGACAUGCACGAGGAGAUCCUCUACCUCCGCCAGCAGCUCCACCGCUCCGAGGACACCAUCACCGCCCUCCGCGAUGAGGUCACCCACAGAGAAAAGGAGAAACACAAGAUGGUCGAUCACGUGCGCAGCAUGGCCAACAAGCAGAAUCACGACGCCAGCACCAUCAACGCUGCGCAGAUGUGGCAAGCCAUGCUCAACGAAGAAGCUACACGUCGCGAAACAGCCGAGCAGGAGGCCACCGACCUACGCAACCAGCUCGCCAGAAUGAAGAUCAAGCACUCGGCAGCCAAGAAACAACCCAUUCUAGGCAACUACCGAGCAAGAUCGCGAUCAACAUCGCGCCCACGAAGUGACGCCGAGGUCGAGGAAGAGCUCGUAAACCAGCUGGUAGAAGGGGAGCCGCCAAAGUCUCUCAACGAGCUCAAACAGGAGAUUACAGAACUCCAAGAGCAGAAUACCGAGCUGAAACACAACAACGCUGAACUCAAACGCGAUCUGGCAGCACAGACGAGCAUGCUCACCUCGAGAAACCGUGAGCGCGAGCGCCUUCAACAACAGAUUGAAGACUUGAAGCUCCUGCAACCACACGGUGCUCGCUCAGUGGCCGGAGAGGGCAUCUUCGAGCGCUCAAUCUCGCGUGCCCACCAGCGCAGUCAGUCCAGAAUAAGCGACCAGACUGCCGUCACGGAAGCAGAACGCGACGACUUUCACAAAAAGGAAGGCCAGCUGAGGGACCAGCUCGCCGAGCUGCGCAUCAAGUACCAAGAGCUUGAUCGUCAGCACAAGACUUACCUGCAGUACGCCUCCGCCCUCGAAGAUGACUUCAAAGAGAUGGAAACAGAAUUGCACGACCAUCAGGAGGAGAUUCAAAGCCUCCAAAAGGAGCGCGAUGACGCCAUCGCAAGAAACCAGGAGCGUGAGCAGUUUCACGAGGAUCUUAAGAGACGUGCCCUCGACGAAAUCAACGCAAUUGACGAGGAAAACAACGAGCUCGAACAGCAGCUCGAACAAGCAGACACCCAGCUGCAAGAGACGCAGUUGAAGUUGCAAUCAACGGUCGAUGACUACCAAGGACUCCAGAGCGAGCUCCGCAGCAUCACUCAAAGUGUGAUGAGCCUUGAGGAUCUCAAGAAGCACAACAUGCGCCAGAUCGAAAGCCUGGAGCAACAUAUCGCGGACGCAGAAGACGAGAACCGCAAAUGGGAGGAGACCUGCACAGAGCUUCGCACUAAGAACCGCCAACUGGAGGUCGCUCAAGAGAGCUUGAACUCCGAGGUCACCUUUCUGAGGGAGGAACAAGAAGGCGACAAAAUCAAGAUCGGCGAGCUGGAGAACGCACUCAACGCGGCCCAGCAGACCAUCCAAGACGAGCAGGAGAAACUCCAUGAGCUCGAAAACAAGAUGACCGAGGAACGCGAACAGCGCGACGUACUCGAAAAUCAAUCAAAGGAGGAGGUUCAGAAGAUCCUGGACGACCUCAACACAGACGGCCAAAAGACAAAAGAUGAAGUUAGGAAGCUUCGUCGCGACUUGUCCGGCAAAGAAGUCGAGUGUGGCGGCUACAAGCAACGCCUAGACGACCUCGAACAGUCACUCCGUGACAUACUUGGUGAACCGAAUGGCACCAAACGCAGCAUGCUCUCCAGCAUCGAGAAGCUGCAACGUGAGUUGGAGACAUCUCUGAACCAUGCAGACAAGAUCAAGAUGGAUCUCGCCGACAAAGAACGACUCCUCCGCCACCGCGAUGGCCUGUUGGAGAACACCAGCCUUGAGUCCCGACGACUCUCGGAUCUUCUUGACAAGGAGCGCUCAUCACGCAAGCGUGACCUGGAGCAAUUCGAAAAGUCCUCACGAGGGACCGCACAACAAAUGCGCACCAUCGCGCAGCACGAGACUCACAUCAUGGAGCUCGAGACUUCGUUGACACAAGUCAAACGCAAGUCAGAAACACUGGGACAGACGUACCAGGAACAGCUCAGCGAGCGCAAUAAUUUGCUGCUAGCAUUGUGGAACAGACUCUCCACACUUUGCGGCUCCGAUUGGGCUCAGAACCACUCCCUCGUCGAAGGCGAGCUACCCAGCGCUGAGGCCAUCAACAAGAACCUUGGAGCAUUCAACAAGAACGUCAUAUCUGCUGUCAAGACCAUCGAGGCACUCCUUGGAAGCUUCAAAGUCCGCAUCCGCACCAUCGAGAAAGAUCUCUGGAAGGACUACCAGACGCUCGAACAUAACCUGGACAUCCGCAUUCGUCGCAUGGAUCUCCUCGAAAACGCAGUCGACGAUGCCCAGAGAGCGAUUGCAGAACAAGCAGCUCGACGUCCUGAACCGAGCCGCACCCUGAGCACUAAGAGUGUUAAGAACAACGAGGAGUUCAUCAAGCUUAAGAACGAGGUCAAACUCCUUAAGACCGAGCUGAAGUUCCAUCGCCAACAUCCCAGCGCUAUCGCGCAACAGUUGGUCAACCAACACCAACAAACCAAUGUCGACCAUGCGCGUACAUUGAGCAGUGGCAGCCCUGCGCGCCAGAUCGUGAGUCAGCUGCUCAGACACCACUCAACCUCAGCAGUGGAGCAAGUUGAGGCAUCCCCACAGCAAAUCGUGGUUUCGAGCCCUGCAAUCCAGCCAUCGGAGCUUAGAUGGACCCAUCGGCUGCGAGAGCUAGAGCGUCGUCUUAAGGCAGAGCGCGAAGCGCGCCUGCUAGAUAGGAGAGGAGCCCGCCAGCGCCUCGAGCAGGCAGGCGCGGAAAAUGAGGAGUUGCGCGAAGCGCUGGAUAGGGUCCGUGCGGAUGGCGAGGUGAAUGAGUCGGAGGAGUAG